AGAGCUGUUUGUACAAAAGGUUGGGAGGGAGGAGUCUGUGACCUCGGUUGUCCCCACUAACCCCUCACUUCUCAUGACUCUCUCCCCAUCCCUACUUCCUGUCCCUCCCUCCCUCCUCCCUCUCUCUGUGGCUCUUUAUCCAUUUGUCUCCAUCUGUCUCUCUCUGCAUGUGGUUCCUGCCCCGCUCACUCUGUUAUGUCAUACUAUCACUGCCCCUUUCCCCGUCGUCACAUGUUCUUCUUCAUGCCAAUGCAGGCGUGCUGGUCACCAUGACAACAGAGACAGGCCCGGAUUCUGAGGUGAAGAAGGCUCAGGAAGAGGCCCCACAGCAGCCUGAGGCCGCCGCUGCUGCUGCUGUGACCACCCCAGUGACCCCUGCAGGCCACGGCCACCCAGAGGCCAACUCCAAUGAAAAGCAACCGCCCCAGCAGGAGACUCGGCCUGCUGAACAGAGCCUAGACAUGGACGAGAAGGACAACGGGGAGGCUGAUGGCCUGUCAGAGAGGACCACGCCCAGCAGGGCCCAGAAAUCGCCCCAGAAGAUUGCCAAGAAAUACAAGAGUGCUAUCUGCCGAGUCACUCUGCUCGAUGCCUCUGAGUAUGAGUGUGAGGUGGAGAAACACGGCCGGGGCCAGGUGCUGUUUGACCUCGUCUGUGAGCACCUCAACCUCCUGGAGAAGGACUACUUUGGCCUGACCUUCUGUGAUGCUGACAGCCAGAAGAACUGGCUGGACCCCUCCAAGGAAAUCAAGAAGCAGAUCCGGAGCAGCCCCUGGAAUUUUGCCUUCACAGUCAAGUUCUAUCCCCCUGACCCUGCCCAGCUGACAGAAGAUAUCACAAGAUAUUACCUGUGCCUGCAGCUGCGGGCAGACAUCAUCACAGGCCGGCUGCCCUGCUCCUUCGUCACGCAUGCCCUGCUGGGCUCCUACGCCGUGCAGGCGGAGCUGGGCGACUAUGAUGCCGAGGAGCAUGUGGGCAACUAUGUCAGCGAGCUCCGCUUCGCCCCUAACCAGACCCGAGAGCUGGAGGAGAGGAUCAUGGAGCUGCACAAGACAUACAGGGGCAUGACCCCAGGAGAAGCAGAAAUCCACUUCCUGGAGAAUGCCAAGAAGCUUUCCAUGUACGGAGUAGACCUGCACCAUGCCAAGGACUCUGAGGGCAUUGACAUUAUGUUAGGAGUCUGUGCCAAUGGCCUGCUCAUCUACCGGGACCGACUGAGGAUCAACCGCUUCGCUUGGCCCAAGAUUCUCAAGAUCUCCUACAAGAGGAGUAACUUCUACAUCAAGAUCCGGCCUGGGGAGUAUGAGCAGUUCGAGAGCACAAUUGGCUUUAAACUCCCAAACCACCGGUCAGCCAAGAGACUGUGGAAGGUCUGCAUUGAGCACCACACAUUCUUCCGGCUCGUGUCCCCCGAACCCCCACCCAAGGGCUUCCUGGUGAUGGGCUCCAAGUUCCGGUAUAGUGGGAGGACCCAGGCACAGACCCGCCAGGCCAGCGCCCUCAUCGACCGGCCCGCUCCCUUCUUCGAGCGUUCCUCCAGCAAACGGUACACCAUGUCCCGCAGCCUUGAUGGAGCGGAGUUCUCCCGCCCAGCCUCGGUCAGUGAGAACCACGACGCAGGACCUGAUGGUGACAAGCGGGAGGAAGACGGCGAGUCUGGGGGGCGGCAGUCAGAGGCCGAGGAGGGAGAGGUCAGGACCCCCACCAAGAUCAAGGAGAUGAAGCCGGAGCAGGAAACCACGCCGAGACACAAGCAGGAGUUCUUAGACAAGCCAGAGGAUGUCUUGCUGAAGCACCAGGCCAGCAUCAACGAGCUCAAGAGGACCCUGAAGGAACCCAACAGCAAACUGAUCCACCGGGAUCGAGACUGGGAACGGGAACGCAGGCUGCCCUCCUCACCUGCCUCCCCCUCCCCCAAAGGCACCCCUGAGAAAGCCAGCGAGUCCCAGAGGACCCAGGACACCUCUCAGCCGGACUUGGCACCUGAGCCUGGGACGGCCACAGGCUUGGAAGUGUUCACUCAGAAAAGCCUCGCAGCAUCUCCUGAGGGUUCAGAGCAUUGGGUAUUUGUAGAAAGGAAGUACACUAGGCCAGAAGAACUCAGUCUUCUAAAAGUGGCCGCCAUGCAGCAGGAAGAAAGUGAGGCAGGCCUUGCAGAUAUCCUUGCCGAUGGCAGACUGUCCAAGGUGGAUAUCCUGGUGGACAAGUUCAAGGUUGAAGUGGCCACAGAGGAAAUGGUGGGAGCCAGAGGAGCAAACAUCCAGCAAAAAGGAAGAAUGAUUGCAAGCCCUGAAGACUUCGAGUCACUGUGGGAGGAGGGCCCCCGGGGCGGGAAUGGCCCGGGAGGGGGGUCCCUGGCUGCAGGCUGCUCUCUGGCAGAAAAGCUUCCUGAGGGCUCCCAGCUCAGGAUGGGCACCGGGGAGGCCACCAUCAGGAAGCGCCGGGUCUCGGGUCAGUUGGAGAGCCAUGUGGAGCUAAGAAAGGAGCUGGAGGAGAUCCAGACUUGUGAAAGGCCCACUGCCCUGGUGACCGGGCCAGCAGAGGUGGAUGUCUCCUCUCCAACCUCUGACAAGGGAGGACUUCAGUCGUUUCUCCUGGACCCAGCCCACGAGGAAGACAGAGCCGACUCGAGUGAUGAAACCGAUACUUCCUUUGCAGAGAGGAGCUUCUAUUUCAACUAUGGAGAGAAAGAUUUUGAAGACCAAAUCCUCCCUCCACUGUUGGAGGAGAGAGGAGAGCGCCUGAAAGCCCCUCCUGGAGAUGAGUCCAGGCAGGAGCUCUCGGGAGAGCUUGCAGAGAGCUCUGAGCUGAGGGCCUCUGACCAGUGGGGCUCUCCGACAGCUUCCAGAAGGAGCAAGGAUGAAGAUGGUGACGCUCACACAGCUUCCUUGGAGAAAGGGGUGGGGCCUCCCAGGGACCACGGAGGACCCAAUGACCUGGAGGCCUUUGACCAGCAGCUCGGUAAUGGAUCUUCUCCAGGGCAGAGAUUUGCUAAGGAUUGGGAAGAAGCAGGGUGGGGGGUGGAAGGAGAGUUUACCCACCCAGCACCUGCCAUUACUGCAGAGGAAGAGGCCCGCGGGAGUCUAGAUUUGAUGGGAAAGGCUGAGAAAAGUCCCCCAGCAGCAUGGAGGAACCACUCGCCUCACAGAGGAGCGGGUGUGUGCCCAGACUUCCCGGCCUGCGCCCUUCCAUGGACACUAGCCAAACCGGACAGAGACAACUUCUUGCCCAAAGACAAGGGACCAGUUCACACCCAAACAGGACAACCCAUGAGGGAGCACAGCAAGGUUCACACGGAGUUUCUUCAGAUGGAGGUGAUCAACCCCCUCCCAGCCUCCCGUGGUCCCUUUCAGGCUCCUCCUGAGGACGCUUCUGCGAGCCCAGCCUCUCAUGGGUCAGGGGAGCCUUUGCAGCUCGGGGAUCCCCUUGGAGAACAGCCCCCGGUGUUUCUCAGAGAGAGCCCAGAACCCAAGGACCAAGUAGAGCCUGUUGUGACUCUGGACAGAGGUGAGCGCAAGGCACCUCCCGUUGCCAGCAGAAAGCGCAGAGUUGUCCUUGAAGAAGUUGAGGGAGUUGCAGCUCUAAGGUUGGGGUUCCCUUCAGGGAAGCCAAAGAUGACUCCUUUCCAAGCUGGGGGCCAAGAGGGCUCCCUGGAAGACAUCAGCAAGACCUCAGUGGCCAACAAAAUUUGGAUCUUUGAGACCCAUGGAGCUGAAAGUUGGCGAGCGAGUCAGGGCGAAACACGGGCCCUUCCAAGUGAGUUGUCUUCAGAGGCCUCCCUAGGGCAGGCAGAGCAGCAGCAGAAUAAGCUUUCAGACCUGGGCUUCGUCCAACUCCCGCCCCCGGAGGACAUCGCCGGCCCCAAUGCCACGCAUUCCUCAGUGAUGUCACCCACUACCAGCCACUUCAGGGAGGGCGUUUCUACUACAUCCCACCAGGAACUCGAGCUCAUGUCUCCCGACUCGGGCUGCGAAACUACGCUGGAGGAAGCUACUGGGGGAGCUGGCCACAACAAACCCGGAGAUGCAGUCAGGGAAGAGAAGCGCCUCGCCAGUUUAGCAGCAAAACCCCCUGGGAAAGGGGGGCGCCUGGGAUUCGUCGGCCCCUCAGGCCCUCAGAGAGCAGGGCUGAGGGAGGGCUCGGAGGAGAAAGUCAAACCACCACGUCCCAGGGCCCCAGAGAGUGACACGGGCGAUGAGGACCAGGACCAGGAGAGGGACGCGGUGUUCCUGAAGGACAACCACCUGGCCAUCGAGCGUAAGUGCUCCAGCAUCACCGUCAGCUCCACGUCCAGCCUGGAGGCAGAGGUUGACUUCACCGUCAUGGGUGACUACCACGGCAGCGCCUUCGAAGACUUCUCCCGCAGUCUGCCCGAGCUCGACCGAGACAAAAGCGACUCAGACACGGAGGGCCUGGUGUUCUCCCGGGAUCUCAGCAAGAGGGGCCCCAGCCAGGACGACGAGUCCGGGGGCUUCGAGGACAGCCCGGAUCGAGGGGCCUGCUCCACCCCGGAUAUGCCCCAGUUUGAGCCCGUGAAAACGGAAACCAUGACCGUCAGCAGUCUGGCCAUCAGGAAGAAGAUCGAGCCAGAGGCUGUGCUGCAGACCAGAGUCACCACUGUGGACACCCAGGUGGAUGGGACUGCCCUAGGGGGGAAGGAAUUCAUAACCACUGCUCCCUCCAUCACCACUGAGACCAUAUCAACCACCAUGGAGAACAGUCUCAAGUCCGGGAACGGGGCAGCUGCCAUGAUCCCAGGCCCACAGACGGUGGCCACGGAAAUCCGUUCUCUUUCUCCGAUCAUCGGGAAAGAUGUCCUCACCAGCACCUACGGCGCCACCGCGGAAACCCUCUCCACCUCCACCACCACCCAUGUUACUAAAACUGUGAAAGGAGGGUUUUCUGAGACGAGGAUCGAGAAGCGAAUCAUUAUUACCGGGGACGAAGAUGUUGAUCAAGACCAGGCCCUGGCUUUGGCCAUCAAGGAGGCCAAACUUCAGCAUCCUGACAUGCUGGUAACCAAAGCUGUCGUAUACAGAGAAACAGACCCAUCCCCGGAGGAGAGGGACAAGAAGCCACAGGAAUCCUGACCUCUAUGAAGAGAUGCUGGCGUUUCUGGUCCAACUCAAGCCAGAGAACCAUUAAGAAGGGGCCUUCAUUCUGGAUUCUCCGAGUCAACACCGACGUCCCAGCUGCGACGUACUGUCACUGAUGAGAGACUGGGAGAGGAAAAGCAUAUAUAUAUAUAUAUAGAUAUAUAUAGAUAUAGAUAUAUAUACAGGAAACACUGCAUCCUUGCACUGCUUCUGGGGCUGGCCGAGCAGUCGGCCAACAGCAACAACCAACAUCUGAACACCUACAUUUCCUUUGCAGACAAAUUGAAGAAUUGGUGGGAUUUUUCAGGAAAAAAAAUUAUAAUGCCAAUAAUCCCUCGCUAUCCCCUUCGAAGGCCUGCGGAGCGACGCGAGCAAGCGGCCCAGGAUGACUGCAGGGAUGCAGCACCGACUGCGCAGCACAUCCGGUGGACGGACCUUCCGUUUGUUCUCCAGUGUCUGCUGCCCAUGCAAGUGCAAAGGAAAACCCUUUUGCAGCAAAGCGAGACAAGUUGAAGCAGCAAGACACACAACGAGAAAGAAAAGACAUUUCCCACUUGGAAAGGAGGAGGAGGAACACUGGAUUAUUAUUUUAUGGGUCUUGACACUGGGCUGCAAAAUCCACCUUCCUUUCUUCCGCCUCCCCUGCCCCUCACAAGUCUUGUCGUCAUUUUCUGUCUCGACUCCCUCCGCCCAACCCUGCACCCCUUGCCCUCUGUCCGGGUCCUGCUGAGGGCCACUGCAGAUGACUCAUUUGAAACAAGAAAAAGAAAAGAAAGCAGGGACGGGAAACCAUGCCGCAGGAAGGGAAGUAGACAUUGUAUGUUUAUGGUUCUCAUUACGAAGGUGCAGCUUGUAGGAGAUUUGUAUGGAUGUGCUUUUAAGUUAUGUAUAUGACAUAUAACGGGAAACAAAUAUUAAAAUAAACAGUGCUGGUAAGUAUGAAGCUGACAGUUUAAAAUUA